GUAUGAAAACUACUCGUCUAAGUCAUCUUUCUUACCAUAAAAACUUGGCACCGAACGACCGCCCGGCGUCUCCAUCCCGCUGGAAUCCCCAGGAAUACAAAGUUCUUAUCUCGCUCCACACGUUGCUUGUCUGUGACUAUUAACAAACAGCAUUGUGUUCGCGUGAGUGAGCGGGCGGGAGGCGGAGAGCGCGAGUAUAUAAGCGCUCCUGUACUAGAGAGAGCUCGAGACUCUAGAAUGAUGCAUUGAGAAGACCGCAGCUUAAAUCUGAAGAUUUGUUACUGUUUGCGAAUUUAUUUGGACUAUCACCGUUUGUGCUACACCAGGGACUUGCAUAAGAUUAAAUAAAAUGGAUUUGAGGAUUAUAUUUCCAGUGUUGUCUAUGCUGUCAUCUGGGAUUUUUGACUUUGCUGCUCCAGCAUCUUUGGGUCAUGGCACAGAACCAGGCACGUCAAUCUCUGCACACCACUCCAGGACUAAGAGAUGCUCCUGUGCGAGUUUUAUGGAUAAAGAGUGCGUCUACUUUUGCCACCUGGACAUAAUAUGGGUCAACACACCAGAGCGAACAGUGUCAUACGGACUUGGAAACGCUCCACGGAAGAAGCGCUCAGUCACGGAACCUGUUGUGCCCAAGUCUCGCUGCAAAUGUGCAGAUAGCAAAGACAAAACAUGCUCUUCAUUCUGUCAACCGAACAAUGCGAUACGGUAUAAAGACAAGGCAAUCCAUGCCUCCCAGGGCCACGAUUGUGCCGAGAAGCGAUGCAAACACAAGCUGGCAGUCAAACAGACAAAGAUUAGACGGGUAAAAAACACAGAAGAGAUUGGAGAUGUCCUCUCCAGGGCGAGGGCCGUCAAGAACAUCCAUCUUCUCCUGGAGAAGUGGCGAGUGAGGCAGCGCCACAGGCCACGAGCGAGGAUGACUGAAAACUCUUCCUCGUAGAGCUCAACCUCAGCUUUUGAGCUUCGCUGAUCCACUACAGGAUUUUCCUGAAUUAUGAAGCUCCUCUCUGCUCAUUCAUUGCACAUGUCAUGCAUUUGCCAGGUGUGUUGGAAUACCUGCGGAUGCAACCGUCUUGGAUUGCGGUGUUUGUCACGUGGUCUCCAUCCUCGGGGAGAGUCAGCAUCAGUGUGGAGCUCAACGGGAAGAAGAAUCAAACCUCCGAUGGAGAUGGUGACUGAAACAAACCGAACCUCAAAUUAUCAAGACUAACCUCUACCAACUUUUCUGAUCUAGAACUUUUGGUCCAUGGGAUAAUUAGUCGGAGAAGCC